GGGAAAAAAGCCAAUCUUCUCUGGAAAUCUUUGACAUUUUAGGUUUACUUCCCUGUUAUCAGCCCCAUCUGUCUUCCCUUUAACAGUUACCCCAUCCCUGCUGAAGGAAGAGGUGUCACAGCAUGAUGCUGGCUCUUCUUUAUGAGUUUGACUUUGGAAAAUUAUGUGAAAACAUGUCAGUAUUUUGAGAUAAAAACAAAAACAAAAAAAACCCGACUUUUAUUUUGAAAAAACCCCAUCCGGAAAUCGCUUGUCAGCUGGUCCGCCUUGACAGAAUGUAGACAAGAAGAGGGGGGUCAAGUCAGGAAGCUCAGGACGGGCUUCAGAGUAUGUCCUCCCCGGUGGCUGGAGGAUAAGCCCCGGACGGGAUGCCUGUGUCCCCCCGGCUCUUCCCGCUGCUCUGCCCCCGUCUCGGUCGGGACCCAUGACGCCCCCGCCGAUGCAGACCCGACCUGCUAAAGCGAGGCGGAAAGCUGCGGGGGACACCGAGCAUGCACUGGCGCGUCGUUGGCUUCGCCUGGACGGGGUCGUGUGUGGUUGAUCUCGGCCGGAACCGGAGCUUCGAUGAGCAGCUCUCGCUUUACGGGUCCAUCGUCGCCCGGCCUCUGCGGGACCACGGCGGGAUGAUGUCGGCGCUGGGCUCGGACUCGUGGUGGAGGAAGACUCUGUAUGUGACCGGAGGCGCUCUGCUGGCUGCCGCUGCGUAUCUGCUGCACGAACUGCUGACCAUCAGAAAAGAAGAGGAGCUGGACUCUAAAGAUGCCAUCAUCCUCCACCAGUUCUCCCGGCCCAAAUCUGGGGCCCCUUCCCUUUCCCCCUUCUGCCUUAAACUGGAGACCUACCUCCGUAUGGCCGACCUGCCCUACCAGAACUACUUUGACGGGAGGCUGUCGCCGCAGGGAAAGAUGCCGUGGAUCGAGUACAACCAGGAGCGGGUCUACGGCACUGAGUUCAUCGUCGAGUUUCUGGAGGAGAGGCUGGGCGUGAGCCUGAACAAGAGCCUGACGCCGCAGGAGAGAGCCUUGUCUCGCGCCAUCACCAAAAUGGUGGAAGAACACUUUUACUGGACUAUGGCUUACUGCCAGUGGGUGGACAACCUGGAAGAGACUCAGAAGAUGCUGUCGGUGAGCGGACCAUUGAGCGACCUGCUCAAGUGGAUCCUGAGUCACCUGACGGGCGGGAUCGUUAAAAGGGAAAUGUACGGCCACGGGAUUGGACGGUUCUCUAAGGAGGAGGUCUACAGCCUCAUGGAGAAGGACAUGCGAACCUUGGCCACCUUGCUAGGUGAUAAGAAGUACAUCAUGGGCUCCAAGCUUUCAGCAGUAGAUGCUACAGUGUUUGGCCACCUGGCUCCGGCCAUGUGGACUCUACCAGGAUCCCGACCGGAGCAGCUCAUCAAAGGCGAGCUCAUCAACCUGGCCAUGUACUGUGAGCGCAUCCGCCGGCGCUUCUGGCCCGAGUGGUUCGUGGACCUGGAGGACUUCCGCUACGACCUGGCCACCGAGCUCAGCGACACGCCAUCCAAGCUCCCGGACCUGGGCCUCUACUCUCGCACAGACACCUCCCAGGAGACGAUUUACUCGCAUACUUCUCCGCUUUCCCAUCUCUCCCACCUUUCGCACACUCCCACCCCACAGGAGCCCCCGUCGCCCGUCAGCGACCCCACGGGCCACUCUCUCUACGACUCCGACAUGGACACCGAGUGCUCUGAAAUAGAUCAGCUCAAAUGUUGACAAAACGUGGCACACACUCGUAGGUACGCACGCCCACAGGGGGGAGCUAGAGCUCACCUACCUCUGAACAUUUAAUAGCUGAAGAUUCCUUGUGUUGGUACAAAUCGACAGAGCAGAAAGAGGUUUCCCUGCAAAUCUCCAGCGGAGGAGGAAAGUAGCCAACAAAAAAAGCAACAGGUUGCAAAGUCAAAAGGAGUAAAUGACGCGGCUGCUGCUGAUAGGCUCCUCCAGGUUCUCCACGUCGUCGGCAGACAAAAGCCCUUUUACACACUUGGCAUCUUGGUGAUCAUGGCAGCCACAUCUGCGCGCGCCCACAGUGUUUCCUCGUAGCAACGUGCGCCACCAUUCGGCCGUGUGCGUGCUUUGAAGGCCUCUCGGUGAAGUUAUGUCGACACCUGCAGCUACGCCAGACUGAAUCCAAGCCGUUCAGUGUAAAUAUUUCUAGGAAUCAAAGUAAAUUAAUGGAUAGAAAACGGAAUUAUAUUAUGCAUAUAAAGUGUGUAGAUAAUCUGACAACCGAAACUUAUUUCCUUUGUUUUAUGAUGUAAAUAUUGUUAGUGUUUCUCCUUUAAAGUCCAGUUUAUGGUGGUCCUCGAUCAGCAAGAAGACCCCUGAAACCUUCUGUCCUGUGUCCCAUCUGCUUUCGCUCCAUGCAUCGGAGUAAUACCUGCAGUCACAUCUAGAAGUAUAAAAUGUAUCCAAAAUAGGAAUUCCAAAUCUGUGCAAAUGCCAUCUGUCGUUUCUGUCCAUCUUGUUUCCAAAGAGCCAGACUGACUUAUUAUUUUUCAAAGUGGUUUUGAUCAAUGCCUGACAAAUGAGUUUCCUUUCAAAGUUUGCUAAGCCCCUUAAGUUUGUGCUAUGCUUCAUUAGGCAUAAAACAAACAAUGUUCAGGAUUUACAUGGGCUUAAAAUUGCCCGUGUGUAAUAAGUUUACAAUAAGUAAACUUAUUUUUACUUAUUGUAGGACUUUUGGUGCGUGCCUUUCUCACGCAUUGCCCACUUGUUGUCUGGUUACUGUCAAUAAAGGCCAAAGAAAAUCUUAAAAACAACAAAAAAAGCAGUUUGUUCCAAUUUUCUCACCCAUAUCUUUGAAAAUCAAAGAAAAGCUGCAUAAAUUUAAAGCUAAUUUUAAAAGUCUUUCAUUAUUUCCCCAUCAUUUUAAGAAGCGAUGAUGAAGACCACGUUGAAAGAUGACAGAAAAAAGUCUGGCUCUUUUUUGCUGACAAAUCAUCAGCAAAAUGAUUUAUGGUUUUGUACUUUUACACAUUGUAUUUUUACUUUGGCCACAGCUUUGGCUAAAAGAAACAUCUAAGAUGCAUUCAAGCAUUACGAGCGCGUUAAACAAUCUCUUAAAAAAAAACCCUAAAUUCUCACAUAUUGAAUUAAUGUGCAUGGCUGAUACGUGUCCACAAAACUAUGCCUUUAGGCUUCCUUUCAUUUAGUUAUAGGUUACCUGGUUAAGUCUGAUGUUGUGUUGAUUUCUUAUUUUUUAGCUGCAAUGAGAUAAAGCCCCUGCUGGUUUGUGGUGUUUUGGAUCUGCGGCGUGAAGGUGGAGGGUUUAUGUGUGUUUGUCACUCAACAAAUGCUCAUAGUGCACCAGCAGGGGUGUCUGAAAAGCUACUUGUCCAAUAUUACACGUGGGUUCACUUUGUUUUUGUUGCCGUGUGGUGACACGUUGGUUGCUUCAGCUUCAGCAGAUGUGAACUUUAUUCAUUGUCCCUGAGGAAAAAAAAAAAACUUUGCAGAAACAGCUUUUUCUGCCAUCAAAGCUGCCAGUCUUUCUCCAUCAGCUUGGCACAUCUAAAGAUUGGAGAUUGUUCUUUGCAAAAUAGCUCAAGGUUUUAUCGCAUGGCUAAUUGUAUCUAUAAAUUCUCCCACCUGAGCUUUGGAAAUGUGAAGCUCCUCCAGAGUUAUCUCUCUUGGCUCCUAGUCUUGGUGGAUUUAAAGUUGCGUCAUGAUGCUUUCAUUCUGUGAGAUGUUGAAAGCUCUGUUUUCUAACCUAACCCACCGUUAGACGUCUCUGCGACUUCCUCCAUGACUUUGCCUUGCUGUUUUCCUUGGUCUUCAUCGUGUCGUUUGUUCACUAAUGCUCUCUGACAAAAACUCUGAGGCCUUUGUAGAACAGCUGGAUUUGGUUAAAUGCUGUUAGAUGCACUGGGGUUUUUUUCAUGGGUAUCCACGCCACACACUGCAGAUAUUGACUUCUUAAAGUUUGGGAAAAUAUGCACUACUUUUUGUUGUUUCGUCACUUAAAUCCCAACAGCAUGCACUGAGGUCUGUAGACAAACAUGGCAAAAUGUGAAAAGGUUCUUGCUGCAUUUUGCAAGUCGAGAAAAAAAGUACAGAAUUGCUGGACUACCGGUAAUAUCAAAGAAGACAGGAAUGCCUUCACGAGUAACUGUAUGGGAGAGACCUUGAAGUAGAAGUUUAGUGAUGUAAUUAAGUCCUGAAAAAUGCAAAGUUUUUUUUUAUGUUUCAUAAUAUUUUUCUCCUGCAUGAUGUUGCCUUUUGGCUCAACAAAGUUCAGGUUUGCUCUAUUGUUUACAACAGUGCCAAUAUAUGCUUUAAAAAUGUGUAUAUUAGUUCUUUUUAUAUAUGUUGAAUAUAUUUAGAUUAUUUUACCAAUGCUGGUUUAUUUAAUGUAAUUGUUUUGUUCUUUUUAUGUGCUCAUAUUUUUACAGUGUUUUUUUUUUUUAUGUUUACAUGUCGCUCUCAGAAUUAUACGUUGAGCUGUGUAUCUGUGCAAUAAUGUACAUUUUCCUUUGACCUGCAGACAUAAAAAAAAAAACAAAACAAACAAAACUGGGCAAACAUUUUUCAUGCUUCCCACUUUUUGCCAUGUCUGCAUGUUCGACCCAUUUUUCAGGUGAUUCUCUGUAAGUGCUGCAUGAACUUCAAACUUUCUCCUCCUUCCUUUCAGGACCACAGGAAGUUUCCCAAACUGCGGAAACGCCGGCUUAACUCUCGUGUACGGUCGCUUCCCUCCCCCCGACAUUUUCGGCUUGUAGACUCUAGGUGCUGCCUCACAUCGUCUCCCCGUGUUUCGGCAACAAACUUGUGAAAUAUCUUCUGGCUGUAAAUAAAAAAGAUUUAAAAAAAAAAAAACAAUCUAAUUAAAACGCCAACAUGGCCUACGAGAAAAUGCUGUGUAAGAUUUUCUGAAUGUACCACAACCAGAGAUAAACGGCUGUAUGAAAAUUGAUUCAUUUCAAUAUUUCAUUAAAAAUAGCUGUGAUUUUU